AUGUUGCGUACACAAGGUCGUCGAGUGUUCAGUCGGAGCCUUUCUUCACGAGGUUUAUUGCAAAAUUCAUUUCUCCUUCUAUCAGUUCUUUUUCAGAACCUUCUUCUUAUUUAAAAAUUGGAAGUGUUCGAGUACCUGUUGGCAGUCCGAAGAGACCUGAACAUGUUCCUCGAUUUUACGGUUUUUAUCUUCUGUUGAGAGCUAUCAAAAAUUUGUUCAGAGGGGACCAAGGCUUCUCGGGAGUACCUUCCUCAUUUAAAGUGGCUCAUGCAGAAAGACUUGCUUCAACAAGAUGUUUUCUUGUUGGGCAUGCCAGGCCGUCAAAGAUUGGAACUGGUUCUUCGUUAUCUAGUGGGUGGUGAAAGAGAAAUUACAAUUUCAAUCUAUUAUAGGAGAUGAGUAAAAGAGAAUUUGAAUAUUUGGCUAUCACGAGAGAUACAACAGAGGCUGACAUUAAGCAGAGAAGAGAAAUACGUAGCGGGACAGCUUUUUACACCGACCUGGUACGCCCGCCUCGCCCUAUCCCAACUAUUCGACAAACGGAGACAAUUCUCCCGCUUUUGAUUUAGUGUGCUGUUCGAGCUGCUCUGGGGGGUCGUAUUUUAGUGAUUGACGGAGUUGAGCGAGCAGAGCGAAAUGUCUUGCCAAUUUUGAACAAUUUACUAGAAAACAGGUGAGUUAGGCUUCAUUAAAGGUAGUUUACAAAAAAGUAGUUACUUUUUGUAAGGAAGACCUAAAAUUAGGGCUGAUAGAGAAGCGAGUUUGUGUCACUUAAUACGAGUCCAAAAGAUUUCUGUACACGACCUAAGUUUUUUUCCAACAUCUGUAACUAGAAGUUUAAAGAGAAAUGCAACUCGACGACGGAAGAUUCUUGAUGAAACACGACAAAUACGACAAUCUCUGCAAGGUGGGAGAAAUCAAAAUGAUGAUAUGAGUGGGAAAAAUUAUUCAUGUCCAGUUGGAGCUGAAAAACAUUAUUGCUCAAUUAGUGAGACAAAGCAGAAAAUCGAACUAAAUUAGGUACGAACUCAAUUUUCUGCAGAAGUACGACCAGAGGGCGCUCACGGAGAUGGGGAUGGAGCGCGUUUCCGAGGAUUUCCGCGUUAUCGCGUUGGGUCUUCCUGUGCCGCGAUUCUCCGGCCACACUCUCGAUCCGCCUUUUCGCAGCCGCUUUCAGUGCAGGCACGUCGAUGAGACCUCUUUCAAGGUUUUCGCUCAUCAGUUCUUUUUUUUCUUGUUCAAACUGUCUCACCGCUGGCUUGGGCCGAUAUUUGAAGUUUCAUAAAGCUUUGAUGGAAAUGGUCUUGAAUUGACGCCAGACUCAUAGUCUAUACAGUAAACUGUAAUUUUUUGUAACAAUGCGUAAAUUCGCUUGCUGCAAAUAACUCUACACGGAAAUAGUUUUCUCUCUGUUAAAUUUAUAUCGUGUUUCCUAUCCCGUAGCACAUAAUUCAGUGUUUCCGAACGAUUUUCUUUUGUCCGAAGGCCGGAUUUUUCAGUCCUGCCUGGAAAACUCGCUAGAGCUGGCUCCAAAUGUCAAGGAAUCCGAGGUGACGGAUCUGGUCUCUCUGGUUUUCGCCUACAACAGCGAGACUUCAUUGUCUCGUCCGCGAGUUCCACUGACAAAUUUGCAAAAUGUCUUAAAGAUUUGGGUUCGUCGAAACUAUAUCCUGCUGAUGGUUUUUCAUUUUUAGAACUCCAACCCCACAUAUUCUGCUUCUGAAGUUCUGGAUAUGACGUACCCAGAGACAGAAAUGUUAGUGGCUAACGACAAAAACAUUAUGGCUGAUUACAAAAAGAAUUUUCGGCUGGUAAACCUUUUGUUAUCGUUUUCAUUCAUUUAUGCUCUUCUCAGUUUUCCUACGAGAAAACAAGAUCUGUUUCCGAAUGUAGGACAUCAGAAAAGGACCCCGAGGUGCAAGAAGUCGAAAUAAAGCAGCCGAGAGGCACAAUGGCCUUAACGGUAGGGUUUCCUUCAAAGUAAAGUCAUUUCAGUGAAAUAUGUCUCUAUCUUUCAACUGUCAGUCACUUUCCAGCUACCGAACUUUCCUUUUUCGCCUUUCGCUGAUCAAUUAUCGAAGAACUUCUGGAUAGCCACUUCCAAUCAAGAAACUCUUCUUGCUGAUCUCGCCAUCUCUAUCUCAAACGGAGAUUUUGCCCUCAUUGGUGAGUAAAACAUUGAAAGAGCACUACGUAUUCCAAUUUUUCUAAGGACCCAAAGGUUCUGGAAAGUCCACCGUGAUUCAGGAGUUAUCAAAGAGACUUCGCUUCGAUUACGAAACGAUGGUGCUGCACCAGGUUGAGCGACUUUCGUUGCUUUUUCCAUUUUACGCAUAGGACAUGAACUCUCGGGAGCUGAUCCAGCGUCGGAGCAUGAAGGAGAACGGCGACACUUUCUGGGAGGACAGCCAGUUGGUUCGCGCGGCUCGUGGAGGCCUCGUUUGUGUCCUCGACGGCGUCGAAGCUGUCAGUUCUAUCCUUCUUCAAUUUAACCUAGAUUUCAAUACUUUUAGUCUUCAGUAUUUGAAAAAAUGACAGGAAAGGGUGAGAAAUGCGGAAAUGAAUUUUUGCUCUCAAAGUGAAAAAAAGAAUCUGAUUUUUUUUUUCUCAAAACGUUUCUCGGUUUUUUUUUUUGCAGCACGCUCAAGUUCAAAAAAUGGGGCUAUAUAUAUUUUUUAUUACCAUAACAGCUGUGCUGGAACGAAUUUUUAUACAAUCUCUAGUUAUGCUAAUUAAAUCGGCUUUUGCACUUCUAGGUGAGCUCUAGCGUGCUACAGUCCCUCUCACAGCUCGUGUAUCAUCGGAGGCUUGAUCUGCCCAACGGCGAACGUCUCGUCGGCAGUGGGGAAUUCGAGAAAUUGCAACAGAAAGAGGAAAUCAGUGCAGAAAUCCUCAACUCCAAGUGAUCGAACUAAAUGUUUCGAUAAAAACUAGAUAGUUAGGGGAAUAUAUCGGAUUCCUGAAACGUUCCGUUUACUGUUCGUCGGCGAAUCUCAGUCCAAGGAACACAGGUGGAUAAACGAGUCCGUCCUCGCCUUGAUGCCUUUUCACACCACCCCGUCGCUCACCACUGAAGAACAGCUCCAAGUUAUCACCAAGUUUCAAGUCCCUUCUUCAUUUUCUCAUCAACAUGUUCAGCUGCGCGAAAUGUCCUGAUACGGUUUCCAUCGCAAAAGUCGUCGAAUUGGUGAGAGACUUGAAGGAAUCUCAAGAUGCCAGUGUAGGUUCAGAUGGAAAAGUUUCCGAGUUUUGUCUUUUCUCUCAGUUGCGGAGCACAGCGACUUCGCUGUCCCUCCGGCGUCUCAUUCACAUUGCACGUCGAAACGCUCUCCAGCCGGGAAGUCUGCGGACUUUGGUGGAGAAUGCAACUCUUUACAGGUCCAUAUCCCUAGGAAACUGUUUUACGUUGUAUUUUUGUUUUUCUGAGUUGCUAUGAAGGAGGCUGAGCCACUCUUUGUGCGGCUAUAUUUCCGAGUCAAGUGCGGAAUCUUACAUUUCUAGUUCAUCAAAAAAAGUUAAAAAGAAAAUUCCAAGCACAAAAAAAGUAGUUCAAGGAAAAAAAUUUUUAUAAAUUUCAGAUUUCUGCCUAUUAUUGCCAAGAAAAUGUUUGCACAGAAGCUGGAUGAAGCGAACAUAUUUGACGAUAAGAAAAAAACUUCAAAUGACGGUAAGAUUUUUUUCCAAGCUCCGAUGAAAUCAAUAAUCAGAUAAAUCAUUCCUGGAUCAGCUUCGGAAAGAUAGGAAAGAAUCGGGAGAAGAAGCUCUUGUUCCAGACGUCCUUUUCCACGAAAACGAGCAGGUUUUCGUAGUCUUUCUUUCAUAAACGGAAAUUUUUGAAGAACUUGGCGAUUCUGGAAGAUCUCGCUCGAGACAUGUAUCUCGGCUCGCAUUUGCUGCUCAUCGGAAACCAAGGAGUCGGCAAAAACAAGUUGACUGACCGGUUCCUUCACUUGCUAAACCGUCCUCGACAAUACAUGCAGUUGCAUCGGUAGUUGAUCAUCUCGCGGUCUUUCCAAAGAGAUUCCCAGAGAUACGACCGUCCAGACUCUCACCAUGCAAACUGUGGUCGAGAACGGCGUGAUUCGCCACGAAGACAGUCCUUUGGUGACCGCUGCCCGCUGUGGCCAGGUCCUCGUUCUCGACGAGGCCGACAAGGCCCCGCUCCACGUCGUCGCCGUUCUCAAAAACUUGCUCAGCACUGGUGCGUUGAUAUGUUCUGUCUCAAGUUUGCGUACAUAAAUUUACUGAAUUCCUUAUCUUUUCGGCUCUGUUGACUGAUCAUUUUCCACAAUAUAGUUUUUGUCCAGAAAUUUUUAUAUCUUGUCCUCCUAAAAUCUAUGCAUGAUGAAUCUUUUUUUAUAAUAGUUAUUUUUAAAAUGAAAAAAAAAUAAUUCAGGAACCUUGGUUUUGGGAGACGGUCGCUGUAUGAAGCCCGCCGGUUUCACGUCGAUUGAUUCGGAAAAAGUGGUUCCUAUUCAUCCAAACUUCAGAAUAAUUAUGCUUGCAAACCGUCCAGGAUAUCCAUUUCUGGGUAUUUUGGGCAGUUCGAAGGCAAUAUAUAAUAUCUUUUCAGGUAAUAAUCUUUUCGCAGUUCUAGGAGACCUUUUUGCGAUCCACACUAUUGACAAUCCUAGCAGAAAAAGCGAAAUAGAUAUGCUGAAGAAGUAUGGACCCAGUAAGUUUCUCCGCAAAGGUUUCAACCUUCCUUUUGUUUUGAGAUGUUUCUGAGAGCGUUCUGGAGAAGCUGAUGUCGUCGUUCAACGAACUGCGAGCGCUCUCCGACGAAGGAGUCUUGCACUACCCGUACUCGACUCGAGAACUCGUCAAUAUCGUUCGACACUGCGAUGUUUUUCCUCCUUCCAAACGCUUUUCAUCUGAAUUUUUUGAGAAAUUCCCCGACGACUCUUUGGUAGAAGUGGUCCGCAACGUCUUUGACUUUGACGUCUUCAACGAAGAUUCGAGUAAAACCAUUGAGGAGAUCUUCCAGAAGCACGGAAUACCCCUAGGCUAGUGCAUUUGCAUAAAUCUUUCUGAAAGACGUGUUGGUUGUUGGUUAAGGUGUAGAACGGGAAACAGUUAUGAUUGCGCAGAGGCUGCCGCUUCCUGAGAGGCGUCCCCUGGGCCACUGGUCCGUCUCCGAAAAUAGUUCGGUCGCUGCCUCUUCACGACGACUUCCCUUCGUGAUCUUGACUUGACUUUGCCGUGGGAAAUCCUGACAUUUUAGGACUUGAAACCCGUUUCAAACAAGCCUUUGAAAAUGCAGAAGAGAAAUUCUCGCAACGAACAUUUUUCGGAACAGGUCAGUACUUUCGAUUAUUAUUCCAACUGAAAGGAAAAAUUUUAAAAUCUACUUUCCUAAAAUUUUUUUCUAUUUAGAAUUAUGAACAGCGUAAAAAUUUUAUACCCAAAUUUUAUUUCACACUUUCUUGAGACUUUCCCGUUCUGGAGUUGAAAAUCUGCUAUUUGUUCGGUUUGGUUGUGGUUUUCGAAAAUGUUUUCAUUCAAACUUGUAUAGGUGUGUCACUGGAGACUUCCGCUGUCCGGUGAAAGUAUCGUUUCUGGCGGCGUUCGUCUCGGCGAUUCCUUAAUCGUUGCUGUUCUGAACCCAGCUCGACUUCUCCUUGUGCCCAACUUUCUUCAGAACGACACGGUUUCGGUUCUUCACGAUUUGCUCUCAAUCUUUGCAGAGAAGGUCGAAGAAUGGGAUCUUUCUUCGUUGAUUCCCAGGGCUCCACGCACUAAAUACCAGCCUUGUUUCAAGAUGGCCAAAUUGAACGAAAAUCUUUUGGUAUUGCAUGAGGAAGUUGUAAGUGUGGACUAACCUAUUCGAAAACAUUUUCUUGUCGAGGCUAACUUUUUCAUCGUCGCUGACCCCGUCUCUCGUUCUGCCGCCACUAUAAAUGAGUCUUGGGGUUUCGCAAACGGUUAUUGCUUCUCGCUGAAUCAAAGAUACAUUUUCAUCUUCAGUAUUUUCGAAAAAUUCGAGUUGGCGAAUGGCGCCCCAACUGGGAGAAAUAGCGGUCAUUUACGAAAGGUUUUCGAAAUAUUUGACUAAUUUUCUCCAUGGAAUUCCGCAGGAACGGAGGCGAGAUAAAAAUUAUAACAGCCGCUGAUAAAGAGCUGAAUGUGGAAACUUUGGCCUCUUCUUGCAACAUUGAUCGUGUCAUCCCGAUCGAUGCUUCUCAUUGGCUGAUGGUGUCAAAAGUUCUUCAUGUCGUUUUGUGUCUUUGAAACGGGAAAGGUGUUCAGGACGGAAAAAACAAGAUUCUGACCAGAAAAAAAUCUGGACUGGAAAUUCUGGAAAUCAGAGAUUCUCUGAAUCCCUGCUUGCGUCCCAUCUUUGCCCGGUUGAAUGGAGAAAAUCUGCUUCUCGCGUCUGAUGAAUACUUUCUAGUGAAAGGCAGAAACCCGAUGGAGCAGGUUGAUGAGAAAUAAUAUUUCUAAAAGGGAGUUGAAGCGGGCGACAGAGCUGACUGGCGUUCCUCGAGGGCCGCUGGGCGCUGUCGUCGACCCCAAAAUACCGUAUUACUUGUCGAAAAGAAACACGGAUCCGUCCAAGGAAGCUGUUCUCGUUGGCAAGAACAUUGUUCGAGUUCAACCUAAAUGGAAUGUUCCUGAAUCCGCUCUUGCCAAAAGUUUUGUGUGUCGGCUUUUUUUCUCUUAUCUUUCGAUUCAGACUCGCCUUCGUCUCGGAUUUCAGGUUUGUUGGAGGUUGUCGAUGUAGAAAACAACACGCUUUCCUACAUACCCGUACCCUGCAGUGAAGUACACAACUAUCACAGGUCACUCAUUUUCCCGAAAGCGGAUUCACCUGGACGAACUUUCAGUGAAUGGAUCGGCGCUGUGUCGUCCACUGGACUAGUUCCCGUUGAGUGGAACGACCAAAUGCUCCUCACGAUUGAUGCCAAUGGAGGUCGAGAUUUUCCAGUAAUUGAAAAACACCUUUCGUAUUUACAGGUGUCAGGUCUUUCGAAGUCACUUUGGCAAGCUUGAAAAGUUCGUUUCAAGAAUGGGAGCGAAUGACAUCGAAGGAAGAGACCAACCUACGCGUGGAAUAUGAACGAGAAAAUGACGCGUUCGACCCGAGUAAACUCGACGAUCCGAAGAUUGGAAAGUAGGAAUUUCUUUUCUUCGCCUAAAAUCUGUCAGGAUUGACCCAAAUAACGCGCCGCAUCAUGGAGGCAACCAGUGGAUGGGCGGUACCGGAGGCUACAGUACGGCGGGUCUCGGCGGCGUCGGCGGUCCUUUCCGGUGGGCAGCUUCAUGAUCUCUUCUCAUCCGAAUGUACAGACUGGACGCUGGUCACGAUGUUCAUCAAAUGCCUGAAUCUGCAAAACAACAAGUUCCCGAACAUAUUCUCCAAAAGGCACGCGAAAUAUCCAAGGAACAAUACGCGAAGAAAUUGAAGGUUUUGUGCUUUUUUUUUGUUCAAAACCUAAACUUUGACGUCAGGAAAUAAAUAUGUCGGCGCACGAUGGCGCGGCCUAUGAGAAUAUCUGGAGGAGUAUCGAAAGCUACAGCCGGAAGCUCACGUCGAUAAUCGACCAGUUGGAGGUCUGACAUCACUUCUUUCCUUCUAUCAUUUUUCUUAGGCUAGAAGAAAGGAGCGCGAGUGGGCGAAGCACCAAACGAGUGGCGAUUUGGACGAAGGGAAACUGGUCGAAAGUGUCACUGGAGAGCAGAAUAUCUUCAGGUAUGUCCUUGAGGGUCUUCCUUUUCAGAACAGACUUCAGGAGACGCGUCGACAACACCCCGGAGCCUGGAAGUCCGCAGGUCCAACCCAAGAAACUCGUGAUGUGUUUCGACGUCUCCGGAUCGAUGUAUCGGUUCAACGGCUACGACAAACGUCUUCAGAAGUCGCUCGAGGCGGCUUUGAUGGUGAUGACCGCCUUGGACGGCAAAGACGAGAAAGUUCUGGUCCGUUCGGUUUUGUUCACCAAAUAUCUUUUUUCACUGUUUUGCACUGUUUUGCCCGGAAAACUGUCUUUCUCACAACUUAUUCACUCUUUCACUAUUGAUCGUUGAUAUGUCAGAAUGGAAUGUUUAGUAUGAAAUUAUCGGGCAUUCUGGCGACGCUGCAAGAGUUCCGUUCGUCCUGGAGAAAGGCAGUCCGAAAAACGACAAGCAAAGACUCGACGUAUUGAGAAGCAUGCUGGCCCAUACGCAGGUGGGCGCGGCUCCGCAGAAACCGUUCAUUUCAUCCUCAGUACUGUAUGAGCGGCGACAACACACUCGCGUGCUUGGAAACCGUUGUGAAAGAACUUUCGAGCAAGGACGACUACGACGAGAGCGUCGUCGUGCUCAUCUCAGACGCUAAUUUGGACAGGCGCGUUCUUUUUCUCCAGUACCAUACUUCGAAGAAUAACAAGAGACUUCAGAUCAAAUCUGUUUUUUGUUUUGUUUUAUAAGCCUAAUAAUCACCUCCUGCAGCCCUUUUAAUGCAAUUAUUUUGUUUCAAGGUACGGUAUUCGACCUAGCGACCUUCAUCGUCAAAUAACAAGCGAUCCUAAAGUCAACUGUUUCGUUAUUUUUAUUGGAUCUUUGGAUCAACAAGCAGAUAGGUGAGAAAAUAUUUCAAAAGUUCAAAAGUUAACUUCAAUCGGGACCUUUAUGAGUGUAGUGUGCUCAUCUAUAAAGUGAAAAUUUUUCAAAUUUUCAUUACAAACUUAUUCAGAUAACUUUGAAUAAUUCUAGCUUUUUUCAGUCUUUUGAAACACCUGCCAGCGGGUAAGGCGUUCGUCCUGAAAGAUACGGUUGAUCUUCCGAAAAUAAUGGAGACUAUUUUCGCCUCUACCAUCGCUCAAUAA